GGGCAGGGGGCGGGGCGCAGCGGCGAGACCUGGCGGAGGAGGGAGCGGAGCGGAGUCCCAGCCGGAGCCCCAGCCCGAGCCCGAUCCCUAGUCCUGCGGCCGCGCCUCCCUCGCCGUCCCCGCCUGGAGCCCGGCGCCGCCGCCGCCCUGCCGCCCCCGCCAGCCGCGCCGUGACGCGGGCAUGAGCCUGCUCCGCGGCGCCGCUGAGCAGGCGCUCCUGGCCCGGGCCUUGGCGCCCAGCAGUCGCGGGGCGAAGGAGCUGCUAGAACAAUGCUGAGGCGGGUGAGGUGAGGAGCAGCCCCUCGCGGCAGCCCUGACAGAGUGUCUGGAACAGGUGAUUGGAGGAGCCGGAGACCCAGGCACCUGGGCAUCCUUCCCCUCGCCUCUGCCAGGCCCCGCGCCCCUAAAAGGUGGGAAAACCAUGGCGACCAAUUUCAGUGACAUCGUCAAGCAAGGCUACGUGAAGAUGAAGAGCAGGAAGCUCGGGAUCUACCGGAGGUGCUGGCUGGUGUUCCGGAAAUCCUCCAGCAAGGGGCCCCAGCGGCUGGAGAAGUAUCCAGAUGAGAAGUCGGUGUGCCUCCGGGGCUGCCCCAAGGUGACUGAGAUCAGCAACGUCAAGUGUGUCACGCGGCUCCCCAAGGAGACCAAGCGGCAGGCGGUGGCCAUCAUAUUCACUGAUGACUCGGCACGUACCUUCACCUGCGACUCAGAGCUAGAGGCAGAGGAGUGGUACAAGACACUAUCUGUGGAGUGUCUGGGGUCCCGCCUCAACGACAUCAGUCUGGGAGAACCUGACCUCCUGGCCCCAGGGGUGCAGUGUGAACAGACAGAUCGCUUCAAUGUCUUCCUGCUGCCCUGCCCCAACCUGGACGUGUAUGGCGAGUGCAAGCUGCAGAUCACCCACGAGAAUAUCUACCUCUGGGACAUCCACAACCCCCGUGUGAAGCUCGUCUCGUGGCCCCUCUGCUCACUGCGCCGCUAUGGCCGGGAUGCCACACGCUUUACCUUCGAGGCUGGCCGGAUGUGUGAUGCUGGGGAAGGACUCUAUACCUUCCAGACACAAGAGGGGGAGCAGAUUUACCAGCGCGUCCACAGUGCCACCCUGGCCAUCGCAGAGCAGCACAAGCGGGUCCUGCUGGAAAUGGAGAAGAACGUGAGGCUGCUGAACAAGGGCACGGAACAUUACUCGUAUCCCUGCACACCCACGACCAUGCUGCCGCGCAGUGCCUACUGGCACCACAUCACUGGUUCCCAGAACAUCGCCGAAGCCUCCAGCUAUGCUGGUGAGUCGCUUCCAUGCCCCACACCCACCUGCCAGGAGGCUUUGUGGAGGAUGAGGCCUAUUGGGCAGGGGUCUUUUGACCUAGCUCUGAGUUCUGAGCCUGCUUCUGUGCCCACAGGUGAGGGGUAUGGGGCAGCCCAGGCCAGCUCGGAAACAGACCUCCUCAACAGAUUCAUCCUGCUAAAGCCAAAGCCCAGCCAGGGGGACAGCAGUGAGGCCAAGACCCCAUCCCAGUGACCACAGUGCUGGCGAGCACCGAUGACUGCUGGGGGCUGCCUGCUGCGGGGCUGGCUGCAGUGUACCGUGGACAGCCUCAGGGGGCUGUCGGCCAAGAGCCUGGAGAAAGGGAGCAAGCUGCCCCCUCCUUGCCCCCAAGGAUGAGGCUGGACUGAGGCAAAGGGCUGGCCACACCACCUGAGCAUGUGUGAGGGGUUGGAGCUACCGUGGGACUAUAUACUGUUAAUGAUUUUAAUAUAUAUGGCUUAUGACAUACUCUGUAUCAAUGAGAUCCCCUCACCCUCACCCCAUCCUUCCCCACCAAUACACACACAUUUUUAAAUCCCAUGACCAGGCCACGGUCAAGGCUGUUUUUGAGUAUCAGUGCAGUCGUGUCCAUCCUCCAUGGCACAGCCCUCCUGCUGCCAGGACCUGCUUGAACUACCAGGGCCAGAGGAGGGGGAUAAUCAGAGCUUAAGGCUGGCACUCUGACUGCUGGCUUUUCCCAAACACCCCAAGGGCCGGAACAGCAGGUGGCUUCUCAGUUCCUCUGGGCCUGGAGUGACACAGGAAGGAUCUGCACUUCCACUGUGCUGCUUGCCAGCCUUGCAGUUGGAGUUUUAAGCAGAGGUGACAUCUGGUUGACGCCUCAGGUGAAAAUCUGGUUUUAAAAUGUAACUUCUGCACAGGCUCCUUCCUGCUUUGUAGGCUGGGAAGAUGCCCUCGGGGUAGGGGUGCUGAUUACCUCAGCCAUGUGGAGGAAGGCUGGAGCUUGUUCCUGCCCCAGGAAUAGGCCAGGAGGGAAGGCCGCAGCAGGACUGCCGUGGGGAGCACCCCUGCUGCCCCCCUCUCACUGACCAGGGGUGGACAAUGCCCAAGCAGAGGGAGCCCCCUGGCCCUGUUUGGCCACCCUCUGGCCAGCCAAAAGCACUCUGAAACCAAGACCUUCCCAUUUCCUCCUCCCCACAUGGUGCUGAGGCUCCCUGCUGUAAUGCAAUUAAAGCAAUUGAUUUUCUAGUGCUGGUAUUUGUUGACUACCAUGCAGAAGGGCUAUCUUUCUAUUCACGUCAAACUUUUGGUUGUGUGGGGUUUUUUGUUGUUUUGGGUUUUGUUUUUUAAUACUUUAGGGUCCUGAUUUGUGGGAACAGACCUUCUUGUAAAUAACCACUAUUUGAGUUGUGGCAGGAGGAUGAUAAAGCACGCGGCCCCUCCCAAAGGAGCCCUUGAGCUAGGGAGGUGGUGCAGUCAGCCUCGCUCUCAACGUGACCCGGGGAAUGACCACCCAGAGGGAUGAGCUAGCCUGUAGAGGGGAACUGGGGUCCAAAGGUCUUUGGGGAGGGAGGCAGAGCUGGCUGGCUCAGCUAAGUGGCACGAUGACGCAUGAAGGAGAUUAUGUUGUGCUCUUUAUUGCCAAAAAUAAACACUUUUAAAAAGACAA